CCCUGUUGCUGUGCUUUGGAAGAGAGGACGCAGAGAACAGUGCCGCCGCACAUACUGGUCGGUUUACUGGAAUCGGUCAUGUUCAAGACUUUUAAUGAGACUCUUUACGGGAAACUUCUCCGUCCCUGACAGACACUUCUAUUCGGACCCGGAGGUCCCAGCCCCUGACAGGUGCGCACAGAGCGCGGGUAGGAUGGGCAGACGCGAGGCGGACAGCAGAGGCGCGAUGAACACCAGCGACCGCUCCGGGCUCGGCUGUCUGCAGGACGCGGCAUCCAGACGUCACCGAGCCGGCGAGGGGUCCCCGAGGCUGGGCAGCCACCGUCCCUGCAGCGCGGACAAGGCGCACAGGCACCCGGAGAUGGAGGCGGCGGGCCGGGCAGCGACGUCCUCGGCGCCGAUGGAAGUGAAGAAGCACCAGCACAAACACAACUUGAAGCACCGCUACGAGGUGAUGCAGACUCUGGGCCAAGGCACCUACGGGAAAGUGAAGAAGGCGGUGGAGAGGAGCAGCCUGAACACGGUGGCGAUCAAGUCCAUCCGCAAGGAGCGCAUCACAGACGACCUGGACAAAAUCCACAUCCAGAGGGAGAUCGAGAUCACCUCCUCGCUGAGACACGCCAACAUCAUACGCUUCCACGAGGUGUUCGAGAGCCGGGAUAAGAUCGUGAUAGUGAUGGAGUAUGCCAGCAGAGGAGAGCUGUACGAUUACAUCCAGGAGAGAAGGAGACUGGCUGAGACAGAAGCCAGAAGCAUCUUCAGACAAAUCACAUCUGCUGUCCACUACUGCCACAAGAAUGGUGUGGUGCAUCGUGACCUCAAACUGGAGAACAUCCUUUUAGAUCAAGAUUUCAACGUCAAGCUGGCUGACUUCGGCCUCUCCAAUCACUUCCAGAGGGGCACUCUGCUGCAGACGUACUGUGGAAGUCCGCUCUACGCCGCCCCAGAGAUAGUGAAAGGACUGCCAUACCAGGGGCCGGAGGUGGACUGCUGGGCGCUCGGGGUGUUGCUCUAUGCCCUGGUGUACAGCAGCAUGCCGUUUGAUGGUGCGAGUCACUCCAUGCUCACUGAGCGGAUAAGCCAAGGUCGCUAUCACAGACCCAACCCCCCCUCAGACGCCUGCGCUCUUAUCGACUGGUUGUUGACAGUGCGCGUGGAUGAGAGAGCCACGAUAGAGGACGUGGCCAACCACUGGUGGGUGAACUGGGGUUAUGAAGAGAGUGUGUGUGACUGCACUUCAUCUCCGCACCAAGAAUGUCCCUCCCCUCUGCUGGCUCGCUACAUCGACUGGCAGAAUCGGGUCGCUGCCGCCAGCAACAUGGUGGUCGACCCUGGGUGCCUGUCCUCAGACUCCGCCUGUGCAGCCCAGAGCUCCCACCACCCGUUUUACCUGAGCUUACCUCUGAGGAGCGAUCGUAGCGGAGGGCAGGCACGUGGGGGAAUGUCCAGCCUCAGGAAGUCACGCAAGGAGAAUGCAAUUCCCCAGACGGCACAGGGAGCAUGUGGUGGUGUUUGUGCAGCAGCUGCCCUCUCUGCUGUGGUUUCCUCCACUUCCACUGUUGAAAGAAAGAAACCAAAAGGUAUUCUGAAACCCCAGAGGAGUUUUGACUCAGUCUUUCACAGCCCCCCUAAAGACAGCUCUCCCUCCCAGCUAUACAACGCUUCUCCACAGCCUUAUCGAACACAUGCUGAUGUCCUAUCCACCAGCCUGCCGUCCCCGUCAACAUUCAGCCAGCCCUCAUCUAAAAUGCCCAAGAAGGGGAUACUGAAGAACUUGUAUGGAGGGGAGUCAAGUUAUGGCUCCUCCUCAGGAAGAAGGGGCUCUGGAGCAGGAGUUAAAGAGAAUGAAGCAGGUGAUUUGUGCUCUUAUGAAAAGCACAGUUGUCUCCCGGCAUCAGGGGACAGUCCCACCAUGCGCACAGAGGCAGUAAGAAGAAGGAAGGGUAUUCUGAAACGUAAUGGCAAGUUUUCCCGCAGUCUGGAUCUCCCCGAUGACCACCACUCAUCUCCAUCUGUGGCCCCCGCGAUGUUCCCCGAGGUUCUGCAGCAGCUGCUCCGCGCCACAGGGGGUAGCGAGGGCAGGCGUAGCCGCCCCUCCAGCGUGGUGAGCGAGGAUAGCGUCUUCUCUUCCGAUUCCUUUGACUUGCUGGAUCUCAGCGCCCAGUCACAUCGCAGGAUUUUCUCCCGGGGGACGCAGCGCAGCUCCGAGGAGGACCUGGAUCAGCUGAGGGCUGAGACGGACAGGGUCGGAGAAGGACAGAAGGACAGAAGGAAAUGCUGACAUGCGACACCUGUUCCUCAGUUCACUUUCCUGUGAUAAUCAUUGUCUGCCCAAAAAACUCUUAAAUGAAGUUUGCACCUCAAGAACAUUGUCAAUGUAAAGCACCAGUUCUCUGUAGUGAAAGAUGAAUUCUUUGACAGUUUAACUGCAAAACAGAAAGUGACGAGACAUUGAAAAGAGAUCCUGCACCUGCUGAAUCAAAGACAUGGCACCUGAGUGUGGCAGAAUGGACAGACGCUCUGUUGGAUGACCUCUAACCUCGCCUGCACAACAAAUCGUCUUUUUAGAUUUUGCUGCAGUUUUCGGUUCAGAUGAGCCUUUAACAUCUGAGUGUCAAUGCUGUGGCACCGAGGUUUUUGGAAAACAAUGACGAGUGUAACAAAGUGCCAUCUUGAAUAUGUGAGUCUGUCAAUAGUGGCAAGACAUGUAGACAUGUAGACAUGUAGACAGCUCGAUUGUGAGCUUGAAUCCUGCAAAAUAACUACACUUUUAAUGCAUUUUAACGCAUUUAAUAACUAGUGUUUAACUCACUGAAAUGUAGUUUUACGCAGAUAUAAAGACAUUUUAAGCAUUUCUUAAUGUAUAGUACAUGUCAUCAAUUAUAACUUCUCCUGUAUUUUAGAUUAUUUAAUUCUCUGUUUACACACCAGGCUUCCCUGUUGACUGGAUACAAGAGGAGUUAUAGUUGCUGUUUACAUAUGACCUGCAAGAGAGACAAUAAAACGAAAGGAAUAGUAGACUCUAUUACAUUUCAUCUUGAAAGUUGCAGAUAGCAGUUGGGUGGCACAGUUAAUAACAUAAUUUUUACCUAUCGUUAACUCUAUGAAUGUGCAGUAAAACACCCUUUUAUUCAUCAUUCAUUCUCCUUAAACUGGGACGACCUGUGCUGCAUUUACAGUCAGACAAUGUUGGGCCGACUGUCAGGAUAUAUUUGCUUGUGAAACGAUUCAUAAAGUUAGUCCAACGUGUGAUUGUGUGGUCAAGUUGUCUCAUGUAUGUAAACGUGCCAAAGUCGAAUAUCCUUAGAAACAGGCCAUUCAACAAAUAGCACUAAAUACCACCUGAUGUUUAAAAUGAGCGAUUGAAGUACAGUGUUUCCUGUUUCACCAUGUUAGUGAGUAUAUUUGUACCACACAGUAUUACACUGUGCACAAUUUUCUCCUUUGCACCAACAGGCACAGUUUGAAUAGCAGGUGGAUCAUAUUGGUUUUUACUGUGGACGUUUGAACAGCUGAUGUAUGCAGUAAAUGUGUGCAGUUUUAAACAUGUAAUCCUAUGAGAACAAGGCUCUGGUCACUUUGUUUGAUGGAAUCUUUUAGUUCUUCCUUUCUCUCUUUUGGAAAAGUAAAUAAAUUAUGUGAAUCUUAA